UUAAAACGGUCUGUUAAAAUCGCAGCUGGCGCUAAGAAAGUCUACAAAAGCGCACAAGACGCCGAAUCCAGGUAGAAAAACGUAAUAUAAAGAAAAUCUUUAAUAUCUUCAAUUUAACAAUUAGCCGGGUUUAUUGUCAAUAAACAACAAAUAUUAGCUUACUGCGUAGGUAUACAAAUACCGCUAACUGAUAACACUAUUACCGAGUAGCAGCAGACAAAUUACAGCGCUGCAUCGCAAAAUGGAAGCAUCCAAUGUUUUAAAAGAGUAUUUGGAGUUGUUCACUGCUGACUGCAGACAAUUGAAAUUAUUAGUUGCACCAAAUGCAGCAGUUGAUUGGUUCGGACGCACAGUACGUGGUCCAGCAAAGAUACACGAUUACUUCAGAUUCGAAGUAGCCACACAGUAUGAACAUGCAGAUUUUGAUAAAGCUGAAGAGUGCCAACCAAUUGAACAGCGCCCGUCUCAUUGGAAAACAAAAUCAUUACCAAGCGAGGAAGCUGAUUUCGUUUUGCCAAUAAAUAAAGUUACCGGCUUAACUACGUUGAAAACGUAUGCCGAUAGCGAUAUUGAGGAUGAUGACUUGGAAAUGCUACCAUUGUCUGCCGGCAAUUGCACACCAGAGCCCCACAGCAAUAGCACGGCGCAUAUUGGUGAACUAACACCGCCUUCCAGUACAAUUAAAAUUGAAGAUAUUAAUGCAACGGAUUCGGAAAGUGAUUUGGAUGAGGCGGAAUGUGCGUCGGCGCCUAAGCGCCUCAAACGUUCCAUACCAACACCAUUCAGCUAUUUACGGCGUAUACCGACAUCUAGCAGUAAAAUUACGCACGUCGCCAAACGUCAAUUACCUCAAUUCGACAUACAAAUGUUGGGCGACGAUACCUCCAGUGAUGAAGAGUUGGAUGUCGAGUUACGCAAAAUGUUAGCCAAGGAAUAUACACCACUGAAGUAUAUAGAAGCGACUGGUAAAUUGCGCGCUAAACCACAAAUGUUAUCUGCCGGGGACUCACCACCAACACCACAUCGCUCUAGUGAUUGGGAUAGAUCUGUACGUCUGCGUAUAUCAUAUCGUCGCAAUUUGGCCGAUAAAUCAUUGCAAAUAGCUUUAGUUAUCUACGAACAUCUACAAAGCCCUACCGCUGAUGUGAAUCAAGAUGCGCCAUCUACGUUGGGCAUGCGUCGACGCAAUCUGAUGACACAAUUCAAUGAAACCGCGCUAAGUGAAACGCCGCAUGCAGCACAACAAGACGUGCAUGACAUGGAAAGCAGCAUAGCACUCACUGAAGUCGGUACAGCUGUGCCAUUGACGGAUGUGGAUGAGGAGAGCACUGCCAUAAGCGUGGUGCCAUUGCGUACGCCAACUAAAAGUGAUCAUACACCACCGGCUACACCAAAACGCAGGCCACGUGUGCCAUACACAUUGUCUGGCAUGAAACGCAUGAGCCCGUCGUCCACGUCGACAGCAACACCAAAGCGCAAUGCAGCACGCAGUCUACGACUGUGAUGGGACUAUUAUAUGCCAAGCAGUAGAUAUCGCCACAGGAUAUUUACAUAUAUUUAGUAAAACUUUUAGCGCAAUUUUUUUUAUAAAUACGUUUUAUAGUUAUUCAUUUCAAGUGUUCCGAAUGUGUCUAUGGCAUAGAGGCGUAGCAAAAGUUUUUUUUUUUAGGUUGGAAUGAAACCAAUGGAAUACUUUUGUUUAGUUUUUAUAUUUGCUAGCAAUUAUUUAUGAAAAAAUACUUUUACGUAGUUUGCUGCCAGUUUGUAAAUUAGUAAAAGUGUUUUUUGUUUCUCACUUGUUUUUUAUUUGUAUCUAAAAUUAUGGAACUUUAAGCAAUUUUUAAAGUUCUUGUAUUUGUAAUUACAACUGUUUUGGACGCAUUCGGAGUUCUUUAAAAUGUCUAAAAAUACAUACUGCUUGUAGGAGUGGGGUUUAUGGAAAGUUUGUAAACAAAUUCUACAAAAAUGCAAUAUUUACUGAAAUGUUUAAAAAAAAUUUCGAAAUUUCAUUUUUUUCUCUCGGAUUUUCGAAAUAACUUGCAGAAUUAAUUAUUUUUAGAUUUAUAAUAAUUUAUUGGAAAUUAAAUAAUUUACUUUAAAUUGCAUAAAUUUCGUAAAUUAAUUAAAUAAUUUACUUUAAAUUGCAUAAGUUUCGUAAAUUUUAAAUUUUCUAAGUUCAGAAAAUUUAAAAAUUAAAUUAAAUACGAAAUUUAUUUUGUAUCUAAUUUUAAAUAAUUUAAUACAUUUCAUUAAUUAUUUGCAUUAUGAGUUUACGCUAUCGGUUUCAGUCACGAAACUGAUUUUUAGUGUCCUCACUCCGCAAAGCAAUAUAUCUUUUUGGAAACUCAAUUAUUAUCUAAUACUAAUUAACUUAAGUCUGAAGCAUCAUUCGAGCGACUUAUUAUUUUGGGCGCUCUUUAUACUCUAUAUUUAUAUAACUAUUUAUAUAUCUUAAUAUUUUGAAAGUAAUUUAUUCGUUUGCAUAUUUUCUACAGUUUUUUUUCACUGCCAUUCGCAACUUAUAUAGUGGUCUCAUUUAUUUGCUAAUAGGUUCUUAAAUGUUAACUUAAUUUACAAUAAAUUAUACAUACAUACUUAGAGUUGCUUUUCAGUUAGCAGCUUAAUUUAGUUAAUUAGCAAAUUAAUUAACUAAAUUAAUUGGCUGUCUGAUACGCCAAUAACAUUGAAAUGAGUUAUAUUAUUGAAUUACAUAUUUAUCACUAUGACUUUUUGCUUUGAAAAGCGUCAGUAGUUGUUGUAAUGUCGCAUUUCAACGCAAAUUGUUUUAAAUUUUAAUCUUACAUUCAAUUAGUAAUGUAUUAAUUAUGAUAAUAUACUGGAUUUUGUAUUUAGAAAAAGAAUAAUAAAUGUGUUGAGAGGAAACAAAUUGCUGAAUUCUUAAGCAAAAAGUGUAGAAGCGCUUACAAGCUGUUAUGCUAAUAAAAAAUAGUGCAACAAAAACAACGUAAUAUAUUAAAAAGCAAUCAACAUGCUGGAUGUUUCGAACGAUAAACGAGUAUGAAAGCGUUUUCUAGCGGUUAUACAAGUUGUAUGAAUGUUUACGAAUUGUUCAAAUUACAAUAUCAAAUCAACAGCAGUUUCAAAUGCGUUUAAUAUCAACUACAAACAAUUUUUUACAACUAUUUUGUAACAAAAUUAUGCUCUUGAGCUAAUUCAUUUCUAUGGAUAGCUUCCUGUAAAAUGUAUGAAGACCGAAUACCGUGUGCUAUCAUCCGGUUUCACCUCAACGGGUAUGGCCUUAACUAUGAAACGCCUGCGAUCAAGCAGUGUAGGCGUAUUAGAAUUUGCACUUUUAAUGUUGCUGCCAUCGUUAGUGAUCUAUAUCAAACAAAAAAAGUUUCAUCUCUCAAAUUCUCUCAUAUUUCUUCACCAUCGCAUACUAACCUCGUAACAUUUCUGCCGCGCAUCAUCAUUUGUACACUCACAGGUGCACCGGUCCGGCAGAUAUCUCUGAUAUUGCUUGCAAUCCUGCAAAAAUUAGCGCCGCUUUGAAAACCCCAUGACGCUGCUAUCAAAAUAUGUAAAAUUAGCACGUACCAGCAUUAUACGCUAUGGUUUUAUAUGGGCGCUCAAUCCACAGAGCUUACACCUUUCACUACCACAUAUACCCGAAUGUAAAUACAUUUACAACAGAGCUACAAGCUACAAAGUUCGGCUGUGAGUAUACAGCGCUGCGAGUGUUGAGCAUUGACCUUUGCAAGCGUGUGUCUAAGCGAACAGCAUCAUCCGUCACGCUCGGUAUCCGUAUUAGCUCCAGGAAGCUAUUACCUGAUGGAUGGGAAAGCAUUGCCACGAUGACGAUCGAUAACUUAUGCCACACGCUCAUACACACACAAACACAUAGUUGUCACUAGUUUGGCGGUGCUUCAGGUGUCUGUUUUGCGCGCCACAAACUGUGCUUCAAAUAUGGUGACUUAAAUUGAUGAAGCACACAUAACGGUAAUACAAAAUGUGCGCUGGAAUACUCGCUAUACACCCUUACACCCUUAUACCCCCCACACAAGGUGGCACCACGCAGGUAACUGGCGUAUAGCGGGAAAUUUUUAAUCAAGCCAAAGACAGCGCAUGACAAUAUCAACGGAAAUUGUGACACCUGCGUCGCGUCGCUUUGGUAAACGCGUUCAAUAAAUUGCAACGGUACUAUGAUGAAAGAGCUGAAAACGAGUCGGUGGCACAUAUACAUACUCACCGACGCCGAUGGAGGAGUGUAAGCAGUUGUUUGCACGCGCAGGAAAAUCGUGAAAAUACCUCAGCCCUCAUACAGCACUUUUUUAAGAAUAUUUCGGUACUUUGUGGGAAGCGUCAAGAGCUUUUAUAACCUAAAAAUUAACUUCAAUUAUAUUGAAUGGAUUCUUUCAAUUGUCCAGAACUAUUCUCAAUGAGGAUUAGGCUGUAAUAUUAUCAACAAAUCAUGUGGCUUACAGCAAAUAGCUGACACAAGCAGAAUAAAACAACAAAUACCUUUUUAAUUCUGAACAGUUGCCAUGGCGCUAUCGAUUAAGGAUCUAUCGUGGAUGAACCGUUGAAGGAGGGCGAAGACUUGAAUGCAAACCGAUUGAAUUCAUGGCAAAAUAUCGUAAAUAGAAAAGUUAAAAAAAAAAUUAAAUAUAACAUUUAGAAUAAUGCAAAUUAAGAGUUUUUUAAUACAUACGUAUGUAAUUAAUUACGUAAUAAACUGAAUAGAUAAUAUAAAUAAAUGUAUUGAAUAAUUAUAAACCGAA